AUGCUACAAGUUUCCAUUAAUGCACCAAAAUACCUUAGUUAUCUUCUCCAUACCUUUAAAUCUUUGGGUGGUACUACACGGCGCGCCGAUCUACCUCACCUACAUGAUUGUAUUGAAAGCGAUACUGAUAUUGUGGUCAAUUGUUCAGGAGUUCAUGCCAGAACUUUAGGAGGUGUUGAAGAUAAUGAUGUUUAUGCGGCUAGAGGUCAGAUAGUAAUCGCGAAAUUGCCCCGUUCAUACGUCAACUGGACAUUUGAAAGAUAUGGCGCUGGGAGUAGUAAUGGAGGGAUUGAUAACGGAGGAACAAUUACUUAUGUAAUACCGCGUGACAAUGGAGAAGUAAUUUUGGGCGGAACUUAUGAAAAAAACAACUAUUCAUCCGAACCUGAUCUUAAAGAGGCUGCCGCUAUUAUACAACGCUGCUUAUCUACUCGACCGGAUCUCUUACCACAAGGCCAAACUGAUUUAAAUAUAGAGAGACACGCAGUUGGUCUUCGACCUUGUCGAAAUGGUGGUAUAAGAAAUGAAGCAGAAUGGAUGACUUUUGAAAAAUUCGAAAAAAAAAUUCUCAUUUGUCAUAAUUACGGUCAUGGAGGUUAUGUCAAGCUAUGGUGCCGCCCAAAGCGUUAUAAAAAUCAUCGAUGCAUUAAUUCAGUGAUAUAUUUUCGUCACGAACAUACUCCAGAUAAUAAUGAGAAUUAUUGGUCAUUGAUUAAAGAGUUAUCGUCUGCUAGUGAGCUUCUAGAACUUCUUCAGACUAUAACUGAACAUGAUAUUAAGAAUUUAGAUGAUUUUUCUGAUGAACAGAUAAUUCAAAAAAACACUAUGUCAUCACUCGUUAAAGUUAAACAGUUGAUUGUGCAAUUAAUGAACAGAUCCAAUAAAAUUGAUGAAUUUUUGAAACUUUUGCAAAAAAUCAGUCAGGAAAAUCCAUUUUUACCCAUUGAAAUCCCAGUAUAUGCUAGCUUUAAUAUGGCUUUACAAAACAUGUUUAGAAACAUUUCUUCUGACAUUCGGCGCACAGAAAUACCUUCUGACAUUCAUGUCGUCGUGGGAAUAGAAUUUGGCACAAACUUUUCGAGCUUUGCAUGUGCUAGCAUUAACUCCCGUGAAGUUAUAACUAACCAAAGUUGGCCAGGUGUAAAUGGCCAAUUUAAAACUAGUACUGUAUUACAGUAUGAUGAAAAUUAUGAGGAAGUUGUUGAUUGGGGUACCCGUGCUUUAGUUCCAGAAAUAAAACAACGAGAGAGAAGAGUAGAAAACUUACCAAGGCCAACAGAAUUUUUCAAACUUCAUUUAGGCUACGUUCCAAAAGAUCAAAAGCCAAAGUUACCAUUCGGACUUACUCCUGAAAGGAAAAUUUUAAUGAUAAUUUUAGGCGAGAAACAGUUGAAAGGAACAAACUUUUUUAGAAUGGUACGCUUAGUGGUCACGAUUCCUGCAGAAUUUAUUGAGGAAACAAAAGCUAUUACGAGACAUUGUAUUUACAAAGCUAAUUUAAUUAACAAUAUUGGCACACAAAACUUACAAUUCACUACAGAACCAACCUAUCUAAUUGUUGAUUGCGGAGGUGGAACAGUUGAUUUAACCGCUCGAAAAUUAUUGCCUAAAUAUCUACUUAGUGAAAAUACUGAACGUUCUGUUCAUUACUGCGGUGGCACAUAUGUUGACAGAAACUUUCUUGAAUAUUUAGAAAGUAGAGUCGGAGAACAUGCUAUUUCAAUGUUACGAGAAAAACACUACCGUCAAUUUCUUUAUAUGAUUCAGCAAUUUCGCGAAAGAGCUAAAAUCCUAUUCACUGAUAAAAUUUUUGAGUUUAGAACAUUUGAAUUUGAUAUUUUAAAGUAUUGCCCUGCUCUUAAACUAUAUAUUGAAAAUUCGGUUUUAGUGAAUCUAAAUAUCUUCAGGCAAGAAUUAAAGAAAAAUAAAAUUGCAAUUCCACCACACCCAGUAGCAGCUAUAGUAUGUGGUGCAGUUGAAUAUGGAUUAGACAUGGAUACAAUUAAAACUCGAGAAUUAAAAUGGACAUAUGGUGUACAAAUUUAUCCAUUAAUUAAAGAGGGUGCUGAUCCUCCAUCACGCAAAACUUCUGAUGGUCAUAUUUAUAAAUUUAACAUGCUUGCGAAAAGAGGUGUUGAAGUUGAAUAUUGCGAUGAACCUGAAGUAAAAUUACUAUGUGAAUAUGAUAUUGACUUACCUGAUACUCAUUUAGGCCAAGAUAGAUUGGUGUCUGUUAAUUUUUGUUUUGGAAAAAUGGAAAUAAUUGUAACUGUAAAGAAUGAA